AUAAAAUUAAGCAACCGUUGGAGUCUCGACUACCAUCCAAAGACUAUCUCCACCUCUCUCCGGAGGUGAGACCAGGCACUAUCCCAAAAUGGCGGCUUCGGCACUCCCUCUGUCACCACCCUUUCCUCGCUCUCACAUCUCCACCACCACCGCCACAACCACCGCCACCGGCGGCGAGUCCCUGCUCUCUCCGCCGAAGCCGACCCUUAAGACCCCCACCGUCCGCUCUCGCCUCGGCAGGCUCUGCCAAGAAGGCCAGCCCCACGUCGCCCGCCAGCUGUUCGACACAAUUACUCGCCCAUCCACCGUCCUAUGGAACACCAUCAUCAUCGGCUUCAUUUGCAACAACAUGCCCGACGAAGCCCUCCUCUUCUAUUCCCGGAUGAAGAGAGCCUCCCCCGACGUCCAGUUCGAUUCCUACACUUACUCCUCCACUCUCAAGGCCUGUGCCGAGACCCGUAAUUUGAGGGUAGGUAAGGCCGUACACUGCCAUUUGAUCCGGUGCCAGCCGAACCCGAGUAGGAUUGUGUAUAAUUCUUUGUUGAAUAUGUACUCUGCGUGCUUGAACAGUGCGGAGAAUGAUGUGGGUGGUUUGAUGGAUUUCGACUACAGUGUGAAUGAUCCAGUGCGGAGAGUUUUCGAUACAAUGCGUAGGAAAAAUGUCGUUUCUUGGAAUACAUUGGUCUCAUGGUAUGUAAAGACUGAGAGGUAUAUGGAUGCGGUUAAGCAGUUUCGGACGAUGAUGAAGACUGGAAUAAGGCCAAGUCCGGUCAGUUUUGUUAAUGUCUUCCCUGCUAUAUCAGGUGUUGGGAAGAGAAAGUUGGCCAACGUGUUUUAUGGUUUUCUUCUAAAGUUGGGAGAUGAAUUUGUCAAUGACUUGUUUGUUGUCAGUUCAGCUAUAUUUAUGUAUGCAGAGCUUGGGAGCCCUGAUAUUACUAGGAAGAUUUUCGAUCAUUGUCUUGAGAAAAACACAGAAGUGUGGAACACCAUGAUUAGUGCAUAUGUUCAAAAUGGUUGUCCUGCUGAAGGGAUUGAGCUCUUUGCUCAAGCUUUGGCUUCAGAACAGAUGGACCUCGACGAUGUGACUUUUCUCUCCGUUUUAAUUGCGGCUUCACAGUUGCAACGGUUGGGUUUAGCAUUACAGCUUCAUGCCUAUUUGAUUAAGAGGUUCAUAUUGUUGCCCAUUAACAUAUCAAAUGCAGUGAUAGUAAUGUAUUCAAGGUGCAAUUCAGUUCAGAUGUCAUUUAAGGUUUUCGAUAAGAUGCUGCAAAGAGAUAUUGUCUCGUGGAAUACAGUCAUUUCUGCUUUUGUGCAGAAUGGGCUGGAUGAUGAAGGUUUGAUGCUUGCCUAUGAGAUGAAGAAACAAGGCUUUGUGGCUGAUCCUGUGACAGUGACUGCUUUACUCUCCGUGGCAUCGAAUCUGAAGAAUCAACGCAUUGGCAAGGAGGUUCAUGCAUAUCUUCUCAGGAAUAGGGUUCAUUUCGAGGGAAUGGGUAGCUAUCUCAUAGACAUGUAUGCUAAAUGUGGCUUGAUUAGGACUGCAGAACAAAUCUUCAACAUUGAUUACAUGAAUGUCCGGGAUCAAGCUAUAUGGAAUGCUAUGAUUUCGGGGUACACUCAAAAUGAACUGACUGAAGAAGUUUUUGUGAUUUUGCGACAGAUGCUUGAGCAAAAAGUCAUUCCCAAUGCUGUUACAAUAGCAUCAGUUCUUCCUGCUUGUAGCUCAAUUGGAAGUAUGAGUUUUGGUAAGCAACUCCAUGGAUUCUCAGUUCGCAACUUUCUGGACCAAAAUGUCUUUGUGGAUACUGCUCUCAUUGACAUGUACUCCAAGUUGGGUGUCAUCAGAGAUGCUGAAAAUGCCUUCAGGAGGACCCCAGAGAAAAAUUCGGUGACAUACACCACCAUGAUACUCAGUUAUGGUCAGCAUGGGAUGGGUGAGAGGGCUGUUUCGUUAUUUUACUCAAUGCAAGGGCUUGGCAUUGAACCUGAUGCAAUUACCUUUGUUGCAGUCCUGUCUGCAUGUAGUUAUGCUGGUUUAGUUGAUGAAGGCCUUCAGAUAUUUAGGUUAAUGGAGAGAGAAUAUAAAAUUCAGCCAUCAACUGAGCACUACUGCUGCGUUGCUGACAUGUUAGGGAGAGUUGGGAGAGUGGGAGAGGCAUUCGAGUUUGUCAAUGAGUUGGGUGAAGAUGGUAAUAAGUUGGCAAUUUGGGGUUCACUUCUGGGAGCCUGCAAAAUUCAUCGACAUUUUGAAAGGGGAAACAACAGUUCAGGUUAUCAGGUUUUGCUCUCAAAUAUAUAUGCGGAGGAAGGGAGCUGGGAGAGUGUUGAUAGGUUGAGGGGAGAGAUGAGGGAAAAGGGUCUGAGAAAGCAGGUUGGAUGUAGUUGGAUUGAUAUAGUAGGUACAGUGAACUAUUUUCAGUCAAGGGAUCAAAGCCACGACCUAUGUGACGAGAUAUAUAGUAUGUUGGAUGGAUUAGCCAUGGAGAUGAGGAAUGCUGGUUACAGGCCUUCUCUCGAUCCUGACCAUGUUGAUGUAUUUCAAUAAAG